AUGGCGGAUCAAUUUGAUGAUGUCUUAGACUCUUAUCGCGUCCAGUUCAUGGUGGGAGAUACCUCCAAACCUAGUCUCGGGUUAAAGCCUUCGGAUCUGAAAUUACUCCAAGAGGAGGUCACUGUGGUCAUCAAUGCAGCGGCGGACAUUUCGCUACAACAGCCACUUCAUCUCAGCAUCCAGCCAAAUUGCAUAGCUCAUCUGCAGUUACUCACAUUGCUUCGUGAAUUCAGUCGUCUCAAGUCAUUCCUCCACGUAUCAUCUACAUCUGUCAACAGCUUUCUUCCUGAUGGUAUUAUUGAAGAACGUAUAUACCCACUUUGCGAUGAGGAUCCAGACCCAGAGAAAGUUCUGUCACAGAUUCUCAGUACUGGACAGUCAGACUACACUGAGAAAUUUAUCGCACCCUACGCAUUAUGCAAAUACCUUACGGAGAGGUUGAUCUUGAACCAAGAUAACCUCUCCUUUGACACACUAAUUGUGCGACCAUCCCUCAUCGGGCCAGCCAUUCGCGACCCAUAUCCAUUCUAUGGCCACGAUGAAGGCAUGCCCUUACAGUCUGCGAUCCACAGCCUGGCGACAGACCCUGAUUAUGGGUUAGAUAAGCUUGGUAAAGGGAUCAACCUGGAUGCUGUCUUCGACGAGAUCCCUGUCGACCUGGUCGCCAAUACUUGUCUAGCCCAACUGGCCGCGGGUAAAGUAGGGAUUGUCCAGGCUGCGGGUAGUCUCUAUGUGGCAUCGACCACUGGUGAAAUUGCUACCACCAUGAUUCAGUGCGUGGCACCCAUGGGGAUAGAAAAGAUCCGUCGCGGAGAGAUACGCCAGAGUCAGAACUUGGCACCCAUGUUUUACCAGGUGGCUCGGAAAUAUAUGCGCAACUGGGAUAUUCGCUGUGAUCGAUCAGAGCAUCUGAAGGAGGAUACCGGUGUCUUGGGGCUUAGCUUAAAUGGGCAUGAUCCGAAGGCUUUCAUGAAACAUCGUUGGCAGAACGUGUCUAACUCGGUCUUCGGUUUGUCUGCAACUUAG